UCCAGCGGUCUCUAUCUAUCUACGCACGCGAUCUGUGAUUGUCCGAAGAGAGCGAGGGAUCAUGUAUUCGCGGGUUAGAACCGUCGCCGGAACCCUCAAAUGGGCCACCAAACCCUUCUCUUCAACCUCAAUCACCACCACCACCACCAACACCGCCACGCCGUCGCAAACUCUCGCGGCGCUCCGGGCUCGCCUGGCGGAAGAAUCGCCAUCGCUCUCUGACUUCAUUGCGCUGAAAUCCGGUGACGGUUACUCGGUCGAGGUCGGCACCAAGAAGAAGCCGCUUCCGAAGCCCAAAUGGAUGAAGGAGUCCAUCCCCGGCGGCGAGAAGUACGUGCAGAUCAAGAAGAAGCUCCGUGAAUUGAAGCUUCACACCGUCUGCGAGGAGGCUAAGUGUCCUAAUUUGGGUGAGUGCUGGUCCGGCGGCGAGACCGGUACCGCCACGGCUACUAUCAUGAUUCUUGGAGACACUUGCACUCGAGGUUGCAGAUUUUGCAAUGUAAAGACAUCAAGGACUCCUCCUCCACCUGACCCUGAUGAGCCCACUAAUGUGGCGGAAGCAAUUGUGGCAUGGGGUUUGGAUUAUGUGGUCAUAACAAGUGUUGACCGUGAUGAUUUACCUGAUCAAGGGAGUGGUCAUUUUACUGAAACAGUGCAGAAGAUGAAGGCGUUGAAGCCUAGUAUGCUGAUAGAAGCCUUAGUUCCUGACUUCCGAGGAGAUGCAAACUGUGUAGAGAAGGUUUCCAAAUCAGGAUUAGAUGUCUUCGCGCAUAAUAUUGAAACAGUUGAAGAGCUUCAAAGUGUUGUGCGGGAUCAUCGUGCCAAUUUUAAACAGUCUUUGGAUGUUCUAAUGAUGGCCAAGGAUUAUGCUCCUGCUGGAACCCUCACCAAGACUUCCAUAAUGUUAGGUUGUGGGGAAACGCCUGACCAGGUUUUGAAGACAAUGGAGAAGGUGAGAGCAGCUGGAGUGGAUGUGAUGACAUUUGGUCAGUAUAUGAGACCUUCAAAGCGCCAUAUGCCAGUAUCAGAAUAUAUUACACCUGAGGCUUUUGAGAAAUAUCAGACUCUUGGAAUGGAAAUGGGAUUUCGAUAUGUGGCAUCUGGACCCAUGGUAAGAUCAUCAUACAAGGCAGGUGAGUUCUAUAUUAAAUCCAUGAUUGAUUCAGAUCGGGCUGCAUCGUCCUCAAAGCUGACUGCCUCUUGAUCAAUUCUUUUUUUUUCUUUUGUUAUUUACACAUCAUUUAAUGUUCAUUAUAUGUAAGAAGAAGCGCAGGCUUACUUCAUCAUGUUGAUGCUCAUUCCUCAUGUAAUAUAUCAUUUAAAUAUUACAAACAGGCUUAUGCUGUCUGCAA